UGCCCUUCUUCCCUCUCUCUCUCCAUCUCUCACCGUCUCUCUCUCUCUCUCUGUGAAAGUUUUUGGGGGUUGUGGAUAUGUCAGGUUGAAUGGAUUCUUUUGGCCUUUUCUUAUAAUGGUAUGCAUUCUACCCCUACAAAACUUCUCUUUCUCUCUCCCUUUCUGUCCCAGCGCUCCAAGCAGGGGAGUAGUGGAUUGAAUCAGUAGUUUUAGAUUUCAACUUUAAGCUUUCAAGAUAUUUGAAGAUUUUAAGGGGGUGGAGUGGACUCUUGCAGAGCCUUGCAACAGAUACCAAAGUUCAAUAAAAGAUGUCCAGCCAAAUUUAAAGAAAGUUGGAACAAGAUAGUGGGAUUACAGGCAACAUCUUAGCUUAGCUUUAUAGUUUAUGGUAUACUCAUCAUCAUUAGCUUAUGCAGCUAUGCAAGAGCCAAUAAGCCAUAUCAUAACUAUAGCAUGAAGGUUUGUUCAAACAUGCAAAUUUUUUGCAACCAAGAAAACUUAACCAAAAUCCUAUGUCCAUGUUUGGCUGGUUUUGGUUCACCCCAUUUGACCCUUUUGCCCAUAUUAGCAUUCUGAUCAACUCUUUUAUUGUCGGAACUUUAAAGUUUCCAUUCCAUCAAGAUCAAACAUCCUGUACAGUACCACAAAGAAAGAGGGGAGAAAGAAAAAAGUGAGAUAUAAAGGGCCUCUAUCUUUUCAGUUUCACCUCUUCCACAGAGUAGUACUGAGAUAUUUCAUAUUACUGUCUAUCUUUUUCUUUUAUCUCUCUCUCUUUCUCUCAAUGCUUUGUUGUUGGUCUUUUUCAUGCAUAUAGUGAUGGCUAAUCAAGGUGGUAAUAAUGUGCUGAGAGACUACAGGAAAGGGAACUGGACAGUCCAAGAGACAAUGGUUCUUAUAGAGGCAAAGAGGAUGGAUGAUGAGAGAAGAAUGAAGAGGCAAGGUGACAGUGUUGGUGGUGAAAAACCAGGAGGAAAACCAGCUGAGCUGAGAUGGAAAUGGGUAGAGGACUAUUGCUGGAGGAAUGGUUGCUUGAGAAGCCAAAACCAGUGCAAUGACAAGUGGGAUAAUCUCAUGAGGGAUUUCAAGAAAGUAAGAGAAUAUGAGAGGAGAUUGGCUGAUCAUCAGAAGCAGCUUAUUACUAUUGGAGAAUCGUCUUCGGAAAGAGAAAGAUCAGAUGAAAAAUCGUAUUGGAAGCUGGAGAAAAAUGAGAGGAAAGCUAACAACUUGCCAUCAAAUUUGUUGCCUCAGAUAUAUGAUGCAUUGGUUGAGGUAGUGGAGAGAAAAGUUCAAAGGGGAUCAGUGGUUGGUCUUGUUGGUGCCGGUGGGACUACUGCUUCUAUUCCCAAUGUGCCGCCUUCUUCAGCUGCUGCUCUUGUAGGUCAGCCUUCUUCAUUGCCUCCUUCAAUGCAACAUCUUCCCAUCUCACCUCCAGUUUCAGCAUUGCCACUUCCCCCUCCUGUAGUGGCUCAAACACCAGUUCAACAACAACAACAACAUCCCCACACUCAUCCAUUUUCUCAGCAGUUGCCCACAUCAGAUUCUGAUACGAGUGAGCAUUCAGACUCACCAGCAAAGAGGAGAAGAAGAGGGGAAGGGACCAGUGGGGGAGCAAGUGGUAGCGAAUCACAUGAAGUUGGCACUGCAAUUUCUAGGAGUGCUUCUGUGAUAGCAGAAACCAUCCAAGCUUGUGAGGAAAGAGAAGAAAGAAGGCACAGAGAACUAUUGAGCUUGCAUGAGAGAAGAUUGCAAAUUGAGGAAUCAAAGGCUGAGAUCAGUAGACAAGGCAUUAAUGGACUGGUUGAUGCAGUAAACAAACUUGCCAAUUCUAUUCUUGCUUUGGCUUCUCACAAAACCCAAUCAACUCCAAAAUAGUUACACUAGCUUAUAUUUAAUUGAACAUCAAUUAAUAUUUCAUCAUCAAGAUAGAGUAUUUAAUUGCAUAGGGAGCAAGAAAGAGGGAGAGAGACAUUAUUAAGAUUAUCUAAUUGGUUUGUACAUAGUUUUGAUCAAAUUGAUGGCCAUAUAUGUAACUUGAUUACAUAGACUUGGGUGUUAUUGUAAAAAUAUUCAUGAAUGAAACUAAGCAAGCCAUUC